AUGGAGCCCAAAAUGGAGCCCAAAAUGGAGCUCAAAAUGGCGACCAAAAGCACCCCGCCUCCAGAGCGUAUCAUUAAAAAGAUCUGCUUUAUUAUGAACAACAUCAGCGAAUGCAAUCUGAAACGACAGGUGGACGAGGUGAUGUCAAUCAUGUCGCCACACUUCACCAGAUGGCUGGCCGAGUCGAUUCUGGAGAGAGUGACAAGCGAGCCCAAAUUGCAUGAGCUCUACGCGGAGUUUGUCAACUUGACUUCUGUACAUUGCAACAAUUUCUGCAAUUUCAUCCUUGAAAUGUUGACCCGAGAAAUCGACCAAAUCCUCAGUGUCGCCAGCCUUGAUCAGAGCAGCGGCAAGGUGCUCAAGUAUCUGGGCGGAUUUCUAGGCCGUUUGACGCUUGCCAGGGACAUACACUUGUGCGUGGACUUAAAAUACCUUAUUUAUAAGGCCUACAAGACGGACCCUCCAUCAUUGGACUAUAUUGUGCCCUUCAUCUGCGAGAUCCUCAAGACUACAAAGUACAGCAGCACACUGAAGCUAACCGAUCCCUGGGUGAAAGGGGUCUUGCAAGUGCUGAAGGAAUUACAUCAUGUCACGGAUAAGUUGUCAAUUCAAUUCGAAGUUGAACUUUUAUUUAGCUUUCUUGAAUGCAAUAUGAAAGAUAUCAAUUCAUCAUUUUACUUGCGAAAAACAAAUUAA